AUGAAUACCCCAACAAAACGAAUCGUCAUUGUCAGCGAUGUGGCAGUCGAACAAAGUGGGGUAGUCACUUCCUUGACCAACACACAGCGAGUACUGACCAAGUGGGGGCACGAUGUGCUGUACUUGACACCAUCAACCCUGAAACUAUUCACGAUACCCUUGAUUGGGAUUGACAGGUUUUUCAAAGUGGGAAUCCCUUUUUUGCAGGCCAGCAUGAUUGGGAACAUCAUUGAAGAAUUCAACCCGGAUUGCAUUCACAUUUCUACGGAAGCUUUUCUGGGAUACACGGUGUGGCAACUUUGCAAGAAGAAGGGCUGGAAAUUCUCUACUGCCUUCCACACCAUGAGUGCGGAGUUCUUGGAAAAAUCCAUGGGGCUACCAGCGUGGAUUUCCUGGCGGACAUUGACCCAGUUCCACGAUCCAUCAUCCUCCGUCAUGGUUCCUACCAUGUCCGUGGAAAACAUUCUGCGAGCAAAGGGGGUUGAAGACAUUCAACGUUGGUCUCGUGGUGUUGACACGGAUCGCUUCUAUCCACGAGAAAGGGAUCCUAUCAAGUACCCCAAGCAAAAUGGGCCCAUUCUAAUGUUUGUUGGCCGUGUGUCUGUGGAAAAGGGGAUUGAAGAGUUCCUCAAGCUCCCCAUACAAAAAGGUACAAAGUAUGUUGUUGGAGAAGGACCGCAGUGCUCACAGCUAGAGAAGAUGUUCCCAGAUGCUGUUUUUCUGGGAUACCUCAAAGGAGACGACUUGGCUUCAGCUUACUCCAAUGCUGACGUUGUGGUCUUCACCAGCAAGACCGAUACGUUUGGGAACACCAUUACAGAAUCACUGGCAUGUGGAACUCCUGUGGCUGCCUUUCCAACACCUGGUCCCAUUGACAUUAUUGGGUGCAACAGGAAAGUGGGAUCCAUAAACGAGAAUUUGGUGGUGGCCAUCUUCGAGGCCCUUUCCUAUGGCAACUCCGAGGCGUGUGUCAAACACGUUUGA